AUGGGUAGAAAAUGGGAUGGGGAGACAGCAGGACAGGGAGACAGCAGGACAGGGAGACAGUGGGACGGGGAGACAAUGGGAUGGGGAGACAGCGGGACAGGGAGACAGUGGGACAGGGAGACAGCAGGACAGGCAGAGAAGGGACAGGGGGACAGGGGGACAGGGAGACAGCGGGACGGGGAGACAGCAGCAUGGGGAGACAGCGGGACGGGGAGACAGAGGGACCAGGAAUUGCAGGACCAGGAGACAGCAGGACCAGGGAGACAGCGGGACGCGGAGACAGCGGGACGGGGAGACAGCGGGACAGGGAGACAGUGGGACGGGGAGACAGCGGGACAGGGAGACUGUGGGACAGGGAGACAGCAGGACAGGCAGACAAGGGACAGGGGGACAGCGGGACAGGGAGACAGCGGGAUGGGGAGACAGCAGCACGGGGAGCCAGCGGGACGGGGAGACAGCGGGACCAGGAACAGCAGGACUGGUAGACGGCGGGACCGGGGAGACAGCGGGACGGGGAGACAGCGGGACGGGGAGACAGCAAGACGGGGAGACAGUUGGACGGGGAGACAGCGGGACAGGGAGAUAGCGGGACAUGGAGACAUAAGGACAGGGAGCCAGCAGGACAGAGAGACAGCAGGACAGGGAGACAGCAGGACAGGGAACCAGCAGGACAGGAAGACAGCAGGACAGGGAGACAGCAGGACAGGGAGACAGCAGGACAGUGAGACGGCAGGACGGGGAGACAGAGGGACAGGGAGACAGUGGCACCGGGAGACAGCAGGACAGGCAGACAAGGGACAGAUGGACAGCAGGACAGGGAGACGGCGGGACGGGGAGACAGCAGCACGGGGAGACAGCGAGACGGGGAGACAGCGGGACCAGGAACAGCAGGACCGGGAGACGGCGGGACCGGGGAGACAGCGGGACGGGGAGACAGCGGGAUGGGGAGACAGCAGGACGGGGAGACAGCGGGACAGGGAAAGAGCAGGACAUGCACCCAAGGGACAGGGGGACAGCGGGACAGGAGGACGGCAAUGGGGAGACAGCAGGAUUGGGAGACAGCGGGAUGGGGAGACAGAGGGACGGGGAGACAGUGGGACAGGGAGACAGCAGUACAAAGAGACAGCAGGACAAAGAGACAUCAGGACGGGGAGACAGCAGGACAGUGAGCCAGCAGGAGAGGGAGACAGCACGACAGGGAGACAGCCGGACAGGCUGAGGGCAGGACGGAAAGGCAGCAUGACAGGGAGGCAGCAGGACGGGGAGACAACAGGAUGGGGAGACAGCGGACGGGGAAACUGCGAGACCGGGAGACAGCGGGACAGGGUGACAGCGGGACGGGGAGACUGCGGGACGGGGAGACAGUGA